AUGCUGAGUACCAUUUUAGACCUGCCUCCACCGCCCCCGUAUCGCGAUGAAGGGCUUGAUGACUUUCGCGACUUUGUCAAUUUCAUUGAUGGCGUUGGCUUGUCGGCACAGUGGACGCCUGAGUAUGAUUAUGACUGGAUGCGAAUUAGCGAACACCAGCCCGAACCAACAAGGGCUUCUCGCGAGCCCCAGACGUCUCAAUCACCAGGUCCUGAGGAUAUCGGUACCCCUUUUAGCACGUGGCUGCCAUCGGCGCCAGCUGACGAUCAAAUCCACCUGAGAUCACAUACAGAAGAUAGUAGCGGAACUUAUACUGUCACUGAUGAUCAUCGCAACUUUUUGGUAUCACUUCUCGGGGCCUUCCCUCCUCCCAUAUCAAAUUUUGAAAUCCCAUCUCGACAUACUCUUACUCGCUACAUUACCGCUUUUUUCGGCGGCUUCCAUUCACAUUUCCCCUUCAUACAUGGACCAACUUACAGCCCAUCGACAUCACCCCUGGAGCUGACCCUAGCCAUGUGCGCCGCGGGAGCACAGUAUUGCUUUGAGCGAAAGAGUUCAGAACGUUUGUUCCAAACCGGCAAAGCCAUUGUUUUUGAGCGUCUGCACCUGGAAAAGGUGCACUUCAGCCCACAGACGAUGGCUUUGGUCAGCUCUAGCAAUGACAUUAUGUCAGACGUGCCCCCUACGAGUAGACGGACAGGUCCAUGGUCACCUCUCGAUAUGGCAAAAACAUUACUCAUCUUAGUGGGAUUUGCCACAUGGGAAAGGACGGGACUACUGCAGCAAGCUUUUGCAUUAAGAGGAUUACUAGUCCAGACGCUUCGGGAUAUUGGCCUUCAGGAACGCGAAACAUGUCUCGGUGGCACUUCCUCCAGAUCGGCCAUGUGGGACCAUUGGGUGCAGAAUGAGUCCGCCAGACGUACGAAGCUUGUAGCAUUCUGCUACAUCAACGUACAUAGCAUCGCGUACAACAUCAAUCCAUUGCUCUGGAGUAGUGAGCUACAUUUACGGCUUCCUUGUGGCACACAGGAGUGGCAGGCUAGCAGUGCUGCACAAUGGGUGGCCCUACAACGUGAUAGCAAGGAAGAGCAAAUGCAAUUUCAGCAAGCUCUGUCCAUACUCCUUCAAAGCUCAACAAAUGAAGGCGAUUUCCCAGAGCAAGUACAUCCCAUCCCCAGUCCUAUUGGUAACUACAUCCUUUUACAUGCACUACUACAACGGAUCCACGUGGUGCGCGAGCUUUCGUUCCCUGCGACUUCUCCUGCAACCAUCUCGGUGGCUGAGAUGCAUGUAAUUGGACGCGCUCUUCGUGGAUGGACUUCACUUUGGCAACAAACUCCAGAAUCCAUGCUAGACCCAAAUAAUGAAAGCGGGCCUAUUCCAUUUACGUCAAGCGCACUUCUUGUGGUGGCUUAUGUACGCCUCUCAUUGAAUAUUGGACCGCAUCGGCACCUGGAAUCUCGCGAUGCAGACGUUAUCGCAGCCGGCCUCAUGCGCCUUCCAGAUAUAGAGCGCAACGACAUGCUCUUGUCAGCACUAUUGUAUUCCACUCAUGCACUCAGUAUCCCGGUGAGACUUGGAAUCGAUCGAGUUGCUAGAAGCCAGGCUUUCUUCUGGAGUGUCCAGCACGCCAUAUCAAGCUUUGAAUGCGCCAUCUUCCUGGGUAAAUGGCUCAUGUCUAUUCCCAGGCCCUUCCGUGAAGACAUGUUACCUCGAUCAGAGUAUCGUAUACUACAUUGGGUGCGCUGUAUCACCAAUGAGGCGUAUACCGUGAUUGAUUUUGAGGAUACUGAGAACAGCAAUGGCCUUCUACGGACUCCUAUCGACCCAGCUGUGCUUGGUCUUGCAGUUUUGAACAUAUGGUCUCGUUUCUUCCGUGGUAACAGUCAAUGGCAAUUUGUUGUGAACUUGGGAUUAAGCUUGGAGAGGUAUAUCAAACUAAUUACGUAG